AUGGUCUUCUCGCGCCAGCUCCUGCUGCAGGAUGCUCCUAAUGUCACCCUCACUUCUUUGAAUUCCACUGAAAAUAACUCAUCAAGUAUAACGUGCUCUGCUGAUGGUCGCCCGGGAAACAUGACCUUCACAAGUUUCAAACAUUACUGGAAUGACGUGUUUAUUAGGAAUGUGUCCGGUAGACUUGUUGAACAUAAUGAAACCAGACUGACAUUUAAUCGUGCUACAUAUGAAGACAGCGGGACGUACUACUGUACUGUUGAUAAUGGAGUUCAGGACAGGUCGGGGAAUAUAUCACAGACAGCAACCAGUAAUGUCUACAUCGAAGCAACACCAAAGAUUACUAAGGAAACUGAGUUUGAUAUUCUUGUGGGUACAGAAAUUGGAAAACCAGCAAUACUACAGAAAACUGUGUUUUCCAGACCAGAUUAUACUGGUUUCAACUGGAGCAGAUCUGAUAACAAGUCAACUGUUAAUUAUACAAGUAUUGAGCCAGAAAACAUUACUCUGGACAUACACAGUAAAACAGUAAACGACUCAGGCUACAGAAUCUCACUCAAUAUCAGCUCAUUCUCACAGGAAGACAUUGGAACCUACACACUGAAUGUCUGUAAUGAUGUUGGAUGUUCUCAGUUUUCUGUAAACCUAACAGCAGCAGGACCACCUCGUCCUCCAAAAGAGUUCCAACAAGAAGGGGAAUCAUCUGACACAGUAAGGUUGUCAUGGUUACCUAACUAUCCAGGCGGAAAUUACAAACAAAGAUUUGUUUUGGAGUACAAACUACAAAGUGAGUCUGAAUGGAAGACUGAGUGGACAAGUGACUGGUUUGAAGAUUUACCUCAAGAUCAGAAAAUGUUUUACAACAUCACAAACCUCGAGGCUAGCCAGGUGUAUUACGUCAGACUGUCAGCUGAGAAUGACCGCCCAAAAGACAAUGUUAGUGUGUUUGUCACAGUAACAGCAGUGACACGAAAAGAGGCUGAGAAACCAACUGGAUCUGGUUUGGGGAUUGGCGCAGCUGUUGGAGGUGCUGUUGGUUCUGUUGCUGUAGUUGCCGUUAUAGUGGUGCUUGUUGUGUUCCAUAAUGGUCCCGGGAUGACAUUACAACACGAUAAGGCCAGACCACACAUUGCUAGAGUUCUGCAGCAGUAUCUGAAUCAGAACAAUGUUGAUGUGCUACUCUGGCCUGCCAGGUCCCCAGAUUUGUCACCAAUUGAACAUGUCUGGCAUGAAAUAGAACAACGCUUGCGCCAUCUUCUAAAUCCUCCCAACAAAACUGCAGGAACUCCGGCUGAUCCUUCCUAA